AUGCCUCGCACUACUGCUCCUGCGGAGAUCCCUCUCCCCAUCACCUACACUCCUACCACCCAUCGCAUUAGCAAAGCGAAGAAGGGCAAGCGCGUUCACGCUUGCGAGUUUCCUGGAUGCAACAAGGUCUUUACACGAGCUGAGCAUAGAAGGCGCCAUGAGUUGAACCACAACCCAGAAGCUUCCUACCGAUGCACCCAGACUGGCUGCAAGAAGUCAUUCCACCGCGCCGACUUGCUCACGCGCCACAUGGAGCGACACGAUCUCGAAGCUCAGAUGGAGACCUCAGCGCGGUGGGAACGCCACGCAUCUGCCAGAGCAUCCUCGGAGCAGUACAUUCCCAGAUACACCAUGGUAACGCCAGCACCAUAUCUCGCCGUGACGCAGCCGAUCUCAAUCAAGGCACCAGCGAUCCAUCCCGAUCUCGCCGUUGACGGGCUACUAUGGAACCCAAUGGAGAGUCCAGAGCAGCAGAUCCACGUUCUCUCUGGUCCUCAGGUUCAAGAACCCGUGGAAGACUCUCGAUUCUAUUCAACUCCAGAGGCCUGCCCAUCUCCGUCCUCGGACGGCACAACCUACUCCGUUCCCUCGUACUCCGGCUCCUCCAUCUCCUCUACUUCGCCAGGCCUCGUUGAUUCAUACCCAGACCCAGUCAUCGACUCGGAAUUGACAUCUUCGCCCGCCCCAAUGCAUGCAAAUCUCGACUGGGAGCGAGUUGAGCCGAGUGUCGCUCCCCCGCCUAACAUGCUCCCAAUCCAGAACUUCCCCAUCCAUCCGGCUCUUCAAUCAUGGUCCAUCUCACAGCCAAUGAGCUACAGCGACGAGUUCCUGCCACAAGCUCCGAGCCCCUACCAAGCAGCUGGCGCACCCCGGUCAUGGACCCAGUGA